AGUCAGGCUAAAGAUGAUGUUUAUCAUGAGUGCCUCUGUGCUGUUAUUGCUGGCCUUUCCAUCCGUCAUUUCUGAAGUUGUAGACUUCAGUGAAUGCAGCGAGUUUUUCUAUAAAGGGCAGUCUCCAGUGAUUCCUGGUAUUCUGGAGAAUUCACGUUCCCAGGAUAAUCGAUACAAGACAAUCUGUCAAAAAUAUACAAACAAGUACAGAUUUGGGACACUCUAUGACACAACAAACAGGAUUCCAGUUUUUUCAGCAUAUAAAUUCACUUCGGAAAACACGACCAAAAGACCACAUCUGAAAUGGAUGGGUGAGCCUCAGCUCGAACCCCCCAGUGAUGAGAUGGGUGUGCCAUAUGAAAAUCAAGCUACAGAUGACGACUACGUCCAGACUGAAAUGCAAAAACAUACUGUGAAUCGCGGUCACUUGUUUCCCUGCUGUCAUGCAGUUGAUCCUGACACAGCUCGUUCUACCUUCACAUAUACCAACAUUGUGCCACAGAAGAUCAGCUUCAAUAGCGGCAGCUGGAAUCGCAUGGAAAGAGAGACUAUAAAGGUUAUGAGUGAACACUGCCGUGACAAAAUGGAUCAAAAUAAUGUUUUGGCCCAUGUGUUGACAGGAGCUGUGCAUGGCAUCAAUAAACUAAAUGAAAGAGUGAACAUUCCAUCAUUCAUGUGGAUGACAUUCUGCUGCUAUAAGAGUUCCACGAGUUCAUGGUCCUCUCAAGCUUACUGGGCUCCAAACCAAGAUGAAAAAAUCAACAAUGUCACAAUCGCUGAAAUAAGACUGGAGAGAUUACAGGAAUUACUGAGUACAGAAUGGGUGAACAUCACUCAGCUAUUUACCAACAACUGUACAGAAAACUUAAAUAUUUCCAUUCCACUGAAAGUAGAUUAAGCAGAAAGAUUAACAAUGGUUGAAAUCACUGUUUGUAGGAUUAGAGAUGUAAAACAUCAUUUUACAAACACUCUAUAAUCAAUGCUUAAGUACACAUAGCAAAUAAAGUUUCAACAUGUACUGUAUAUGUACUGUAAAGGCACUGAAUUGUAAAUAUAAUGCAACAAAAUUAAUGUCUGUAGCUCAAAGCAUGUACAAUAAUGAAUGUAACUGCCUUUCUUUCAAUGAUGUUUAUCCAAAAACUGGUAUCAGACUCGUCUCAUUCAUUGUUAUAAAAAUGUGACUAUUAUCAUUAUGUUUAUAUUGCAUAUACUAGAUCAAAAGCUG